AUCUGUUUGAAAUUUUCUGUUAUAGAAGUUGUGCAAUGAAAUGGGGCCUAUAGUAACUUUCAACUUGAAACGACCAGAUGGUUCUUGGUUUGGAUACCGUGAAGUGGAAAAAUUGGCUUCUCUAUCCAGAAUUCAGCUACGGACAGGAUGCUUUUGCAAUCCUGGUGCUUGCGCAAAAUAUCUGGGCUUGUCUCACUCAGAUCUGCUUUCCAAUAUUGAGGCUGGCCAUGUUUGCUGGGACGAUAACGACAUAAUACAUGGGAAACCAACUGGAGCUGUAAGAGUAUCCUUUGGUUACAUGUCAACAUUUGAAGAUGCCAAGAAAUUCAUUGAUUUCAUAGUGAGUUCCUUUGUAUCAGUGCCAUAUCAAUCUGGGCAAGUACAUCUACCAAGGUCCAUACCCUAUUCAAGUGAAGGCCGCGAAAGAAGACUCUCAACUACAGCUUUUCGUCUUAAGUCUAUUACUAUCUACCCGAUAAAAUCAUGUGCAGGAUUCAGUGUAGAGGGUUGGCCUCUAAGCAAUACUGGCCUUCUACAUGAUCGAGAAUGGAUUCUAAAAAGCCUAACUGGAGAAAUUCUUACACAGAAAAAGGUUCCAGAAAUGCACCUUAUUACUACUUUUAUUGACCUCAGUCAGGGAAUUCUGUUUGUAGAAUCACCACGAUGCAAAAGAAAACUGCGUAUCAACCUUAAAUCAGAUUCGUAUUGUGGUGGGAAAGAGGCAAUGGAUUUGCAGGCCCAAAGAUAUGAAGUCCAGGGUUAUCAUAAUGAAGUCAACAUUUGGUUUAGCAAUGCCCUCGCUCGACCUUGCACUUUAUUACGAUGUUCUAGUUCCCAGUAUUACUCGUGUUUGGGCAAGAGAGGAAGUGUAGGCAUGUGCAGAGAUGUGGAGACCAGAUUGAAUUUUGUGAAUGAAGCUCAAUUCUUAUUAAUAUCUGAAGAGAGUGUAUCCGACCUCAACAGCAGAUUAAGAUCAAACGUACAAAAAAGUUCUACAGGACCACAAAUUCAACUCAAUCCAUUGAGAUUCCGACCCAAUCUUGUCAUAUCUGGAGGAGAGCCAUAUGAUGAAGAUGGAUGGCUAAGCCUUAAAAUUGGAAAUAAGUGCUUUACAUCAUUGGGUGGAUGCAAUCGUUGUCAAAUGAUCAAUUUGGAUAAUCAAGCAGGACAAGUGCAGAAGUCAACCGAACCUUUGGCUACCUUAGCAUCAUAUAGGAGAAUAAAGGGGAAGAUUCUUUUCGGGAUACUCCUGCGGUAUGAGAAUGACAAUGAAGUCGGGCAGGAGGCAGAUUCCUGGCUUCAAGUGGGACAAGAAGUAGAUCCAAAUUUUGAUUAGCUUGAAGGAGGUACUUGUGACUCUUUUUACUAUUAUUUAAGCCCCCCAAAAAAAUGCAUACAUUCCCAGAGGAAGAAAAUCAACAAGACCACACAAUAUUAGCUUAUGAAAACAAAUCAGGCAUGUCAAGCAGAAUAAAUAUGCAUAUGUAUGUCAUAAUUUGGAAGCUCACCUGAGCUUCAUGCCAGUACCUCAGUAUAUAUGUUUCAGAUACAAUGACAAAAUUUUCUAUACCAGAUUGAAGUUGAAUUUACAUUCUUUGUUUUGAACAAAAGAUUGUAUUUAAUUAUUCAUCUAA